AUGCAUUUCUCCCUCGCCUUUGUCCUUUCACUGAGUGCUACUGCUGCUGCAGCGCCUGCUACACUCGUAGCACGCGCUGGACGCACGUCUGCCCCAUCGGGCUGUCUGACCGUGGGCAGCAGCGGUACAUACAAAACCGUACAGGCUGCCGUCAAUGCACUCAGCACCUCUAGCACCAGCGCGCAGUGUAUUUUUAUUGCCAAGGGAACCUACAAGGAGCAGGUCUACAUUCAGCAGCUCAAGUCAGCCUUGACUAUUUACGGCCAGACCGAAAACACCCAAGACUACAGCAAAAACACCGUCACCAUUACCCAGGGGAAGAGUCUGAGUAACUCUGGCAGUGACAACGCGUCUGCCACCCUCCGUGCAUGGACCCCCAACUUGAAGGUCUACAACAUCAACUUUGUCAACACCUAUGGCCAGGGUUCGCAGGCCCUCGCACUGAGCGCCAGUGCCACUAAUCAGGGCUACUAUGCUUGCCAAUUCAAGGGCUUCCAAGACACUGUACUGGCAGAGACUGGCAACCAGGUCUACGGCCAGUGUUACAUUGAGGGUGCCACCGACUUCAUCUUCGGCCAGAACGCAAGGGCGUGGUUCGAUGGCUGCACGAUUGGCGUGCUUGCCGCCAACCUGGGCUUUAUUACAGCCAAUGGCCGCAACUCCGAUUCCAACCCGUCUUACUACGUUAUCAACAAAUCUAAUGUCAGUGCUGCAGCGGGAAACAAUGUUCCAAACGGUGCCUACUACCUCGGUCGCCCGUGGAAAGACUAUGCUCGUGUUGUGUUCCAGGAGACUAGCCUCAGCAGUGUCAUCAAUUCACAGGGCUGGACCACAUGGAAUGGCAAUGCCUCGAGUACAGACCAUGCCUUGUUUGGCGAAUACCAGAACACUGGUAGUGGCGCUUCAACCACGCGGGCGUCCUAUGGCCAGCAACUCAGUGCUCCCCUUACCGUCGAUACGAUAUUGGGAAGCGACUACAAGACCUGGGUUGAUACAUCCUACUUGUCCUAA